AUUUUGCACUUCAUUUCCGCAUAGCAGUUUUCUCAUUAACUAACUGAUCAUAUUUUAGAUACCGUAAAUGAUACUGUGUGAAUCAGUUUAUGGGCACCAAACAAGCUUCCAUCAAAAUGCAGAGCUGAGCUUUAUCAUCUUUGUGAUUUUUCUUUUUUCUUUUACAUUUUUUUUAAUCUGUUUUGCCCUGCUCAGUGUGUGCAUAUGCAUGCUUAGUGUGAUCACUUUUGAUUAAUUUGUUUCAGACCAGUGUGACAUUGUUUACUGCCACCUGCUGACUGUUGUUUUGAGGAAGCACAACUGCCACCAUGUUCACUAUCCAGUCUAAGUGGCGCUACUUUAUCAUGUUCCUUGGGAUCCAGCUCGUGGUAAUGGCACUGCUCUCCAGAGAGGGCUAUCAGAGGAGGGUCACCUACUUCAUUCGUAUCUUUCGCAAACCUGACAGCAGUGGCUUGCUGGGUCGAAAUCACACACCAGCCAGUGUCAGUGGUGGAGAUGUAUAUGCCAACCUUUCCCACCUUUCCAAAACUUACACCCAUGAAGAUGGUAUGCCCUACUGCCCAAAAAAUUCUCCAUUAAUAGGUGGACCGAUCCAUGUCAGCUUUCCAUCAGGACUCACUCUAGCAGAGGUUCAGAGGAAAAAUCCGCUGGUGAUACGUGGGGGCCGUUACAGGCCACCUGACUGUGAGGCGAGGCACCGGACCGCCAUCGUCAUUCCACACAGACACAGAGAACACCACCUCAAAUUCCUGCUCUAUUAUCUACAUCCUUUUCUUCAGCGGCAACAGCUCAGCUAUGGAAUUUAUGUUAUUCAUCAGGCUGGAAAUUACACUUUUAAUCGAGCAAAGCUGAUGAAUGUGGGUUUCCGAGAGGCAAUGAGGGAGGAAGACUGGGACUGUCUGUUCUUUCAUGAUGUGGACCUCAUUCCUGAGGACGACCGCAACACAUAUGUCUGCGACUCCAACCCCAAGCAUUCAGCCAUCGCCAUGGACAAGUUUGGCUACAAGCUUCCGUACAAGAUGUACUUUGGAGGAGUGUCUGCUCUGACACCACUGCACUACCUGAAAAUGAAUGGCUUUCCCAAUAAUUACUGGGGCUGGGGUGGUGAGGAUGAUGAUAUUGGCAUCAGAGUGUCUCUGGCUGGGAUGUACAUCACUCGUCCAUCGCUGAAGGUGGGCCGUUACAAGAUGAUUAAACACAAGCUGGACAAAGGCAAUGAUGUGAAUCCAAAGAGGUUCAACAUGCUGGCCAAGACACGUCAGACAUGGAAGCUGGAUGGGAUGAACACUGUGGAGUUUGAAGUAAUCUCACGGGAAUACCUGCCCUUGUACACCAACAUCACAGUCAAUAUCGGCACUGAGGCUGGUCUACAGUCACCUCCAUAUCCGUCCACAGCUGUAGGCAGGGCUCCUGGUGAACCAGCAGCUGAAGUCCCAGCAAAAGAACCAGCCAACCUUGCUGCCAAACUGAACAAGGUUUGAUCAGAAAAAUGACUUCUAUGCAGAGAGACUGCUAAUCAUGCUUCACUGCGUCACUGCUUCAGUGAGAGAAUCCUGUAAGUGCAUGCUGUAUGAAGAUUUACUUCUCAGUGGCCUGGAGCGUUUCUUCAAUUUAUGCUUAUGUUUGUGGAUGACUAGUUCAUGGGAAAUCAACAUCACGCUCUCCUGGAAAUUCUGUUGUACUUCCUGAGAGACAGACACUCAUUUCAGUGGCCCAAAACCCCAAUUUAAUGGGGGGAAAAGGCUUGAAUUUACCAAUGUGUUCUCCACAUCAUUUAAUUACAUUGCUGCUCAUUCUUUCAGUGGAGCCACAGUGAAGUCUGAAGAUUAAAGUUGGACUCUAUGAGUUUAUAUAUCUAUAGCGCCGUGGUCGCUGGCUAAACCUUUUGAUGCCUUAGAAUCUGACCUCCAUCCCGCCUUUUCUUUUAGUGUAUUUUUACUAUGCUAUUUAGAAUUCUAGUUAAAUGGGACGAUAACUA